AUGCUGGGCUACGAGGGUCGCUGCGUCCUUCUGGACGACGCCGACGAAUGGGUGAAUAUUCCAUUUGUGGUACGCGAGUUUAUGAAACAGCUGAAUGACGAAGCGCAGGCAUCGCGUGCCGUUGUGGAGAUGCUACGUCAAGAGCAGAAAGAGACAAAUCUGCUACUCCGUCGAGUGAUGCAAAAGCAGGCGGAUCUAGAAAUCGACAACACACGUAACAUAAUGUCACUGAAUCACCACGUUUCCAGAGUUGCCCACAACUCCACUGAGAAGCGGCACACGGAGCAGAUUCACUAUCUGCGCAAAAAGGGAGAUAGACUCGAGGACAAGAUGCAGCACCUUUCUGCACAUAUAGAAGAGCUAUCGAAGUCAGCCCUCUCCUCCAUCAGUACCGGAAACGCCUUUGAUGAGUUGAAAGGACUUGUCACUUCUCUGACCACUAAGGCGGAAACGACGGAGAUACUACUCAAGGAUCACCUUGACGCUUGCACAGUGGGCCUCCGGCCCACUGAAUCGCUGGUUGACUCAGCGGUGUUGGCGUCUGUCACAGACGCGCAAAAAGCGCUCAAGUGCGAGCUGGGUGUCUACAGUACACAGCAAAGAAGUCUGGAGAAGAGCGUUGGGUUUCUCCGAGAAGCUUCUAGCUCUCAAAAGGAGGAAAGUAGCAGAGUUCGCGGCAUAUGCGAGGAGUUAUCGCAGAUUGUGGAGGCCAAUCAAAAGACAAGCAAAGAGCGUCUCACAUCGUGCUUUAAUACGGUGGAGAAACUCGAGAGUCUGUGCGCCGCUCAGCACGCCGAGCUGGAGGUGCGUAUGAGGCGUACAGAGGAUACCUGUCUUGGGAGCGAGUCCAGAUCGCGAGAGGAAGCCAAAUCUCUCUAUGCCGAACUUCGAGGUCUUGUCAAGGAGGACCAUACCGAAACGCAGCAGCGCUGUCACGAAUUGGCAGAGGAGUUGCGCACGGUAAAGGAGCAGGAGCGGCGCCUGACGGAGCAGCUGGCAACUGCAAACCACGAGACCGAGGCACUCACGCAGCGUGCCGUGAAGCAGAUGAAAGACAUUUCUGUGCGUCUUGAUAGUGUGGAGACGGGGGUGGAGCAGCUUGGUUCCACCUUUGUGACUCGCCACGACCAUCAGAAGGAGCAGCGGCAGACUCAGGACGCGCUUGAAGCAAUCAGGACCUCGGUAGCAGACACUGUGGCAACCUUUCAGACACAGGUGCAGCAGCUCGCCACUUCCGUCAAGACGAUGCGGACGGAGCAAAUGGAAGAUAAUGAUUGGCUGCAUAACGAGCUGGGCCGCAUCGGCACGAUGGUGGGCUACGCGUCGCAACAGCGUGAAAAGCAGGAGCGGCAAGUGACAUCCUUGUGCGAAAUUGUGCAUAAUCUCUCGGUCGCUGUGGAGGGGCUUGAGAAGGGGUGCGGCAUCGCUGUGGCACCCCCUCCAGCGCCCGCUGUCCCACCAGCGCAAGCGAACGCACCAGAGAGUUGUACAACCGUUGGGAUCCCAGCGGCGUGGGAAACGUGGCGGUCGACCUUUGUGAAGGAUGUGGAGGAGAGGAUCACGGCGGCUGUGUCACCGAACUCACAGCCCCACGCGUCGCCGCUUGUACUUGAGCGCGUGUCUCAGCAGCUGAACGAGCUGACUGCGAAGGUGGACGGUGGCGCCAAGUAUACACAGGCCAUCGUGUCGCAGCAGGUGGAUCAGAUGCGGAGCACAGUGAGAGAUGAGGUGACGCAUCAGCUGCAGUCGCACGUAGCAUUGCGCGAAGUGACGCCAGCGUUGGUUGACGUGGAGGCUGUGAAGCGCCGCGUGGCGGGGAUCGAGCUGAGCCUGCAGACGCUGUCGACACGCGCUGAGCGAUGGCUCACGGACACUGAAGCCGGAAGCCUCUCCUCCACGAACUCCUUAGUUCAGCGUGUUCUCCUGGUCGAGGAGGCGAUAGACGGCUUCAAGCGCCGGCUACUGGAGCUCGGCGAGCACGUGAUGAGUGUUGACCAGCGGAGCAGCCAACUUGCCCGCGGCGCCCAUGAGAUGGAAACACAGCUGCACGACCAGCAGCGCAUGGCGCUCAAGCUGGGCACUGAUCUGACGGCGGCGCUGGAGGGUCUGCUGCACACGGAGCAGUCUCUUUCCCGUCACCAAAACUCGACAACACUGCAGCUGUCGGAGGUGCACACGUGGCUGGAGAAGUGGAAGCGUGAUGCAGCAGCGGCACCGACUGCAGCUUUGCCGUCUGUAGAGUCGCCAUCGAGUGUACAAAAUGGCGGUGGUGCUGCUUCCGGAAUGAGCGCCGAUGUCUCUCGCAGGAGUCUGAGCGCCAGUGUUGCCCAAUUGGCGGAAACGGUGGAGCACCUUUCUGCGCAGGUGACUCGAAUGGAGACAGAGGCACUACCAGCGCUACACGCCGAUCUUGAAGCAGUGCGAAGCGAGUGUGCUGCUGCUACUGCGCGGAAAGGCGGGAGGGACGGCGUGCCUCCGCCCGCUUGCGAUGCGCUACACCGAGAGGAGGUGCACGCCGCCUACGAAGAGUUCAAUCGCCGCCUUGACGCUGAGGAGUCGUCACGCCGUGAAGCGGCGGCGGCAGUUUGCGCAGUGGAGGAGCGGCUGCUUGCCAUAGAGAGAGAUGUUUCGGAGCUAUUCUCCUCUUCUCCUAACAGAGGGUCUCCACCGACUGGUGGCGCAGACUCAGCUGCCACCACGGCAGCUGUGGAACACUGCGUUGAUGAGCUGGCGCGGUGCCAUGAGCGACUCGACGUAGUCCAGCAGCAGCUGACUAGCAACGCGUGCCGCUGCUCCAGUGGUGUUCCGCGCGUCAGUGAAGUGGAGAGAGACGCUCACGACCAGGAUGUGCAUCGGCUGCAGCAGCAGCUGGGGCGGUUGCAGGAGGACAUGCACGCUUUUGUGGCGUCUCAGCUGCGCACAGCGAUGCGUGAGGCAGAGCCCGCCUUUGUUGAGGCUGCUGCGACUGCUGCCGUCCUCCGCUGCCAGGACGCGCUGAAGGCUGCUGCUGAAUCUAGCGCCACUGCGGCAGAUGCACACACCAACACAGAGAGGUUAGCGGCACUGCAAACUGCCGUGGAGGAGGUGCAGCACACCCUCGAAGAGCGUAUCUCGACUGUGCUCAAGGGUUACGACCGCGUUGAGAGCAUGGGGCAGUCACUUCGUACUACUGUUGACGACCUCAACGCCCUGGAGAAGGCGCAGUCGGAGCUGCGCAUCGAGCUGGAAAGGGCACAAUCGGCGCACCAGGUGCACCAGCGAGACUUCUCGCUCCAACUCGAGACUGUCGUGAGCGGGAUGGAGACAAAGAUCGACGAACUGCGCGCUAACGUGAGGGAGUCGGCUGUCGUAUCAACUGCAGAGUCGUUCGAGGCCAGCGAGCGCGCGCAGAGGCCCUCCGACGACACUAAGGCGGCCUGGGUGGCGGAGGUGGUCGACUCGAUGCACGCCACCUACUACACACGGACACUUCUCGAGGAGCGACUGGAGAACAUAUGGUCUUCGAUGAUUGGCCUCCUCGCACGCAAGGAAGAUGUCAGCGCUGUGCACGACAAGCUCAACGGCCUUCAUCAGCUCAUUCAGGAGGAGAUGCAGAUCGAACUGCAGCGACUCGAGGAGGAGCUGGCGAAUCAGCUGGCGGAGAAGGUGAGCUUGGCGAACUUGCAGGAGAUAUUGGAGCACCAUAUCGCUGGCUCAGACACCGACUCCGACCACGCCGUCAUGUGA